UUUUAAAUAAGAUAAGAGAGAGGCUGAUUGGACAGAAUGGCCUCUUACGUGGAGAAGUCCAAAAACUUCCGCAUUGAGGCGCUACUGCAAGCUGAAGAUGGGGUGCGGAGACCGGACAGCAAUAGUGCCUCCCCUGAGGUGACCAACAUGGGCAGUCCCACCGACAGCCCACGCUCCGACACAUCCUUACCUCAGCGCAGUAAUGGUACCCAAGUCCAGCCAGGAAUGACAUGCAAUGCCUCCCUCUACAACUUGUCGCAGACAGGACUUGCUACAAUGCACGCCAGGGGAUUCCUGGGAGUGCACCCGAGGUCCAUGUACCCCCUGGCGACCAUUGGAGCCCAGCCACCGGCCUUCAUGUACCCUGGCUUCUCACAGCUGGUACAUCCGUACCAAGGGUAUCUGAAAGGGGGUAGCAUGGCCGGGGUGCACCCACUGGAUCCCUGGAUCAGAGCCGGGAUGAUGUUCCCAAGAGUUGGAGAGUAUGGAGCUCAAGCCCAAACAGGUUUGUUGGGGAAGUGUCGGAAGCCUAGAACCGCUUUCACCAGCCAGCAGCUUCUGGAACUUGAAAACCAAUUUAAGCUCAACAAGUACCUGUCCAGACCCAAGCGCUUUGAGGUGGCGACUUCACUUAUGCUGACAGAGACUCAGGUUAAGAUCUGGUUCCAGAACAGACGAAUGAAGUGGAAGAGAAGUCGUAAAUCCAAGGAGCAAGCAAACCCAUCAUCCCCACUGACCGACAGUGAAAAAGCUGACAGUGUCAAACUUCAGGUUGACUCUCAUAGCUCCAGCUUGGAGGAUGAAUAUGAGCAAGAGGAAGAUGAUGACGAUGAGGAGACAAGUGUGAUGCCAAGUUCUAAAGGCUCCCUUCUGAGGCAUGCAGGCGAUGGGAACUACAGCUGUUAUUUAGAAGAGGAGUUGGAGGAGGGAAGUUCAAGAAGAAGUGGGGUUUUUCGUUCGUUAUAAAUGUUUUUGUUUGUCUUCAUAUAACUGUUGACAGGACCAUGCACAAUGGAACAGAGUGCACAAACAUAUUAUUUAUUACAACCACAUUGCUGAGCACCCAAACUGGUAAAACUGGUUUUCUUGCACAUUAUAGGCCUGGGGGAAUUUAAUGGGACAUGGUCAUGAUGCUGGAUUUGAUACCGCUACUUUUAAAGGAGAAAUGCACUUUUUGGGGAAUUUCAUCAUUCAUUCAUCAUCAUUCACAAUCCUUGUGUGAAACAUGAACAGGUAUGUUUCCCUUUGAUGUGCAUUGUAGCGUGUGAUAACGAUUUAAUAUGAGCUAGCUAACAAUGAACAUCAUGGAAAAUACCUAUUUUGAAGCUAUCGCCAACAGUGUUUAUAUACAUUUACAUAACUGACUUGUAAAUUAACCAAGCUACAGCAAUAUUAUUAUUGUAGAAGCUAACGUGAAAUCUAGUGGACUAGCUAACCACUCAUCUCAGCGUCAUUCACAGAUGAAAGAGGGGAUACCUGGCUCUCCAUUUUGUUACAAAGACUCAACAAGAUGCUUGUUUACCAUCAGUAUUUUUUAAAUGAGGACAUCGUAACUGUAGUUGCUGUAUCUAUGCUGCUGUUGUUGACGGAACUAGCAUAAAUAUAUACUGUAUAUCAAUGCGCCCAGAAGAGAUUUUGGUAGUGUUUUAAAUCAAAAUAUGGCAAUGCAUCAUCACAGCAUGUAUAUCAAAAAAUGCAACGUUUUUAGAGGGCUUCAUAGUCUAAAUAGGUGUGUCCCAAUAACACACAUUGUUCGCUCGCUCAUAUUGACUCGUUUCACAGAAAAAGAAAAAAAUAUGUGUUCAUGUUUCACAUAAUGAUUGUAAAUGAUGGGCAAAUUCUCCAAAAAGUAUAGUUCCCCUUCAUGGUUAAAUGACUUGUAAUGAUUACAGUAGACAUCCGGGACAUCCACAUGCAUCCACAAGCUGGAUGUAUUGUAACAGCACCGCAGACAUUUUUAUCAUUAUGGUUAUCGUUGAUUCCUCUUUUGAUUUUGAUGCUUUAAUUAUACAUUGUACCAAAAUAUAAAAACAUUUAUACUUACUGUACAUACAUAGAACUAAUAA